AUUUAAGUUCCAUGUUUCCCUUCAGAUCCUAGUGCAUGGCCUUGGAGCCAGUGGUUCCACAGAUAAUGGGUCCAGAGAGGAUCUGUCCAAAUGAGCACGAAGAGCUGGGGCUGCAAGAGACACCUGAUGGAACCCCUGAACCUGCUGGGGAGUGGAGUAGUGAAGAACCUGAAGAGGAGGAGGAAGAUGGUAGUAAUGGCUACUUGUACCAGCCACUGAAUCAAGAUCCAGAUCAGGGACUAGCAGCAGCUGAAGAAACGGAACCCAGCACAGAGCCAACGCCCGAUAUCAAUGAGCGACUUCAGGCAAUGAGACUGCAUCUGCCUGACCCACCCGUGGACAGCGAUGAGGAGGAGGGAUCUGCAGCUCAAAACUCUCGCAGCUCUAUCCCUAUGGAUCCAGAACACGUGGAGCUGGUGAAAAGGACUAUGGCCGGAAUCAAGCUCCCCACACUUGGAAUCCCUGCCUGGGCCAAUGAAAUCUCGGAUGACCAGUGGCAGGAUAUGGUGCAGCGAACCCUGCAAGCCCGGCAGAGCCAGAGCAGCCCCAAGCCAGAAUGGAAGUGAAGGCCGGCUCUUCUGCAUCCUCGCCUCCAGCCGAAAGAGCUAAACAGAAGUGCUGCACUUUAAACCAUUGUCUCUGAACUGGUUGGGUUAGAUAUUUAUCUUUCACCAGCAUUGAAACUCUGUGUUCACCUUGUCGCAUUGAAAAU